UCUGAGUCCUCUUGCUUGCCUGCCUUCGUCCUGCCCUGUGCGAACUUCAGCAUGAGCUUCACCACUCACUCCUCCUUCUCCACCAGCUAUGGCUCCCUUGGCUCCUGGAGGUCGCCCAGCCACCGAGUGCGACCUAUCAGCAGCGCAGCCAGCAUGUUUGCAGGGGGAUCAGGAGGUUGGUCGAUGUCCCGCAGCUCUUCCAGCUACCUGGGUGGCCUGGGCUCUGCUGACCUGGCCUCCAGAAACCUGAUGGGCAUGGAGAGCAUGCAAGGCAAGAAGGAGACCAUGCAAGACCUGAAUGACCGCCUGGCUUCCUACUUGGACAGAGUCAGGAGCCUGGAAGCUGAUAACCGGGGACUGGAGAGCAAAAUCCGUGAAUACAUGGAGAAGAAGGGCCCCCAGGUCAGAGACUAUAGCCAUUACGUCAAGACCAUUGAAGACCUGAGGGAUCAGAUAAGGGCAAGCAGAAUGGACAAUGCCCACCUCAUUCUGCAGAUUGACAACGCCAGUCUUGCUGCUGCUGAUUUCAAACAGAAGUAUGAGGAAGAGCUGGCCUCACGCCAGGCAGUGGAGAAUGACAUUCACGGGCUCCGCAAGCUCAUCGAUGACACCAAUAUUACCCGGCUGCAGCUGGAGACAAAGAUAGAGACUCUCAAGGAGGAGCUGCUCAUCAUGAAGAAGAACCAUGAGGAGGAAGUAAGGGGUCUCCAAGCCCAGAUUGCCAACUCUGGCUUGACCGUGGAAGUGGAUAUCCCCAAAUCCCAGGACCUUGGCAAGAUCAUGGCAGACCUUCGGGCCCAAUAUGAUGAGCUGGCUCGGAAAAACCAAAAGGAACUGGACAAAUACUGGUCCCAGCAGAUUGAAGAGAGCACCACCAUAGUCACCACCCAGAACACCGAGCUCAGCAAGUCAGAGUCCAAACUCAAAGAUCUAAGACGCACCUUGCAGUCCCUAGAGAUGGAACUCGAGUUGAUGAGAAAUCAGAAGAGCAAUCUGGAGAACAAUGAGAGAGAAGUGCAAGCCCGCUACAACAUGCUGAUGGAGCAGCAAAAUGGGGUCCUGCUGCACCUAGAGUCAGAGCUGGCACAGACCCGAGCAGAGGCGCAGCGCCAGGCACAAGAGUACCAGUCUCUGCUGAACAUCAAGGUCAAGCUGGAGGCUGAAAUCGCCACCUACCGCCGCCUGCUCGAGGAUGGGGAGGACUUCAGUCUCAGUGAUGCCCUGGACAGCAGUUUCUCCAAGCAGACCAUCCACAAGACAACCCGCAAGAUUGUGGAUGGCAAAGUGGUAUCAGAGAUCAAUGACACCAAAGUUCUACAGCGUUAGGCUACCAACAUAAGGAUGCC